AUGCAGAAAGUUUUGGCCCUGGUAGAUACGACUCUUGACAAAGACAGUGAUACCUUUGAAGACAACCAAGGAGCGGCGGACUCAAUCCUGUCGUCCGUCAAUGCUUUCAUUAGCCGAUUGCAGGCAACCAAUGUCAGCAGCAACUUAACCUUCCGCGGCGAGAACGUCGUUGUAGCGGCGGUAAAGGUACAGAGAACAACGUUCCCUCUUACGGCAAGUAUUAGUGCGCCAAGUCGCCAUGAGGACGAUGACGUCAUCACAUUUUCGUCCAAUGAGGAGACCGUUAAAGAAGAGGGAUUAUCAUCGGUAUUCUUGCCAGAAGAGAUCCUGGAUUACAUACCAGAUGGAAAUAGUCACGUGGCAGUCAGUGUAUUUGUAUUAGAUUCUCUCAAAUUAUUUGAUUCAAACUCGUCAACCAACGAGGGAUUGAAGAAGGACGCCAUCUUAGCUUCACCCGUCUUAUCUAUUACCAUAGAGGGCGUUGAUAUUAAAAAUCUCUCUGAUCCAGUGGUUUUACAUUUCAAAAUUAAAAGGGAUCUUAUAUUGGACAGAACGAAAGAUGAGAUUGUCCCCCGAUGUGUCUACUGGAAAAGCUAUAGGGGUGUGCCAGGAGGGGUGUGGUCUCAAGAGGGGUGCCAGACUGGCCCACUUUCUCCUAGAGGAUUGGUAUCAUGCCAUUGUACCCAUCUAACAAGUUUUGCCGUAUUAUUGGAUACCAAAGGAGGAUUUAGUUCGAGGACCCUGGAUAUCAUUAGUAUACUAGGAUGCAGUGUUUCCAUUAUCUGUUUGAUCAUUACGAUCGGAGUCCUUGCUGGCAUAAGGAGUUUACGUCGGAGGCUUCCCCAACAGAUAAUGAUCAACCUCAGCUCCGCAUUGCUCGGUCUUUACUUGGUCUUUGUCGUUGGCGUGGACAAACCGUCCUGGGGACUAGGUUGCACAGUGAUCGCAAUCAUGCUGCAUUAUUUCAGUCUAGCAGCAGUAGCGUGGAUGGGUGUCGAGGCAUUUAGCAUGUAUCUCAUGUUCGUUAGAGUGAUGAACACGUACAUGCCCAAGAUGCUUUUGAAAUCCUGUUUCUUUGCAUGGGGUUGUCCACUGGUUAUCGUUUGUAUUACCGUUGCCGUAGACCUGAACGCUUACAGAAAUCCAGACUACUGCUUCAUGAUUCCAUUGGAGUCAUUCUACUUUGCCCAGUUGCUUCCCAUCGCCCUCAUCCUCACCAUCAACACAAUCAUCUUCACUCUCGUCAUCUACAAAGUGACAUGUAGAAGGAAAAUGGCGUCGCUUACCAACACGAUGGAAGACUCGAAUGCCGCGGGUCGGCGUGCUGAGCUACUUCGCCGCCUGCAGAACGCGGUAGCCAUCGGGACGUUGGUCGGUCUGAGCUGGGUGUGUGGAUUCAUGGCGAUCGGUGGCGCACGGUUCUUCUUCACCGCUCUUUUCGUCAUUUUCACCUCUCUGCAAGGCGUUUUCAUCUUCAUUCUUUUCUGCAUUCGUCUUCCUGAGGUUCGGCAACAGUUGAUACGUCUAUUAUCCCGUGUCAUUCGGCUACUGACGGGCAGAAGGCUGGGUGGAUCACGUGGAACGAGCACAAGCUCCACGUCUUCACGGCCAUCAAAUGCCACCAUUUCGUACUCCGCUGGAACGCAAGAUACCGUCUUUGAUGCCAAGAGUGCUGCGAUCCCAAAUGCUUACACAUCUCUCCAUAUUAAAAAGUGACCGAUCAGCCAAGAGUCCGCAAUAAAGUACAAGAAAAAAUUGUAAUAUGACAAAAUAACUAGUCAUUGAUUACUUAGGAAAAUAUAACUUGGCUUGCCUUAAAGAGUAACUUUACCUACAGCAAAAUAUCGUUAAAUCUAAACAAAGCAGAUACAAGGCGAUCUGACUGAAGGUGACGUCAUUUUACCAUUUGAAUAUUAGGGAUAUGCCUAUAUAUAUAUAAAGACAUACCUCGCGGGCAUUCAUCUUUUUUUUACCGUCCCUUUUUCGAUUUUCUUCCUAUUUUUCUCAUUUUUGAAAAUU